CAGCGCGUCUCGUUCCUGUCUUCGUCAUUUAUCGGGGAUCCCUAGCUGCUUAGCAAAACAACCCUGAAACAAAGUUACUGUAGAUAGUUAGGCUACUUUAAAAAACAGAGGAACUUUAACAGGGAGUGAACAAAAUGCCUGCAGUCUCUAAAGGGGAUGGGAUGCGUGGCCUGGCCGUGUUCAUCUCUGACAUCAGGAACUGUCGGAACCUCCAUUCUCCCCUUUGCUUUUCCCUCUGCCUCACUUUGGUAAAAGUAAAGAGGCAGAGAUUAAGAGGAUAAACAAAGAACUGGCCAACAUCCGAUCCAAAUUUAAAGGAGACAAGGCUCUAGAUGGCUACAGUAAAAAAAAGUAUGUCUGCAAGCUGCUCUUCAUCUUUCUUCUGGGCCAUGACAUCGACUUCGGACACAUGGAGGCUGUCAACCUCCUCAGCUCCAAUAAGUACACGGAGAAGCAGAUUGGCUACCUGUUCAUCUCAGUGCUGGUGAACUCUAACAGUGACCUGAUCCGUCUAAUCAACAAUGCCAUUAAGAACGACCUGGCCAGCCGCAAUCCGACCUUCAUGAACCUGGCUCUGCACUGCAUUGCUAACGUGGGCAGCAGAGAGAUGGCUGAGGCUUUUGCUUCUGAAAUUCCCAACAUCUUGGUGGCAGGGGACACCAUGGACAGUGUGAAGCAGAGUGCAGCACUAUGUCUGCUACGACUCAACAGGAUGUCUCCUGACCUGGUGCCUAUGGGUGAAUGGACAGCUCGAGUGGUCCAUCUGCUUAAUGAUCAGCACCUGGGAGUGGUAACAGCAGCCACCAGCCUUAUUACCACUCUGGCCCAGAAGAGUCCUGACGACUUCAAAACAUCCAUCUCACUGGCUGUGGCCAGGCUCAGCAGGAUCGUGACGUCUGCAUCCAUCGACCUACAGGACUACACAUACUACUUUGUAGCUGCACCAUGGCUGUCUGUCAAAUUGCUGCGCCUUCUGCAGUGCUACCCUCCACCUGAGGACGCAGCUUUGCGAAGCCGACUCACCGAGUGUCUGGAGACCAUCCUCAAUAAAGCCCAGGAGCCGCCCAAGUCCAAGAAGGUCCAGCACUCCAACGCGAAGAAUGCUGUUCUGUUUGAAGCCAUCUCCCUCAUCAUCCACCAUGACAGUGAGCCCACCCUGUUGGUACGAGCCUGCAACCAGUUAGGCCAGUUUCUGCAGCACAGGGAAACCAACCUUCGUUAUUUGGCUUUGGAGAGUAUGUGCACACUGGCCAGCUCGGAGUUUUCUCACGAGGCGGUAAAGACGCAUAUAGAAACUGUGAUCAAUGCUCUAAAGACAGAGCGAGAUGUGAGUGUUCGUCAGCGGGCUGUGGAUCUGCUCUACGCCAUGUGUGACCGCAGCAAUGCCAAGCAGAUUGUGGCCGAGAUGCUGAGCUACCUGGAGACCGCCGACUACUCGAUCAGAGAGGAGAUAGUGCUCAAGGUGGCUAUCCUGGCAGAAAAAUAUGCUGUGGACUACACCUGGUACGUGGAUACCAUCCUCAACCUCAUCCGCAUCGCCGGUGACUAUGUCAGCGAGGAGGUGUGGUAUCGUGUCAUCCAGAUUGUCAUAAACCGAGAUGAUGUCCAAGGCUAUGCCGCCAAGACUGUCUUUGAGGCCCUACAGGCUCCUGCCUGCCAUGAGAACCUGGUUAAGGUGGGGGGUUACAUCCUGGGAGAGUUUGGUAACCUGAUUGCUGGCGACUCACGCUCCAGCCCACUGGUCCAGUUCAACCUCCUUCACUCCAAGUUCCAUCUCUGCUCUGUUCCAACGCGGGCACUGUUACUGUCUGCCUACAUCAAGUUCAUCAACUUGUUUCCAGAGGUGAAGGCCACAAUCCAAGAUGUCCUGCGGUCAGACAGCCAGCUCCGCAACGCCGACGUAGAGCUUCAGCAGAGAGCUGUCGAGUACUUGAGGCUCAGCUGCAUCGCCAGCACUGACAUUCUGGCUACAGUAUUAGAAGAAAUGCCUCCAUUCCCAGAGAGAGAGUCUUCAAUCCUGGCCAAGCUGAAGAGGAAGAAGGGCCCAGGCAAUCUGCCCGACAUCAACGAUGCACGGCGAAACGUCAAUGGCAACACUGAGCACCACGAGAAGACUGAAGCCACAAAUAAGUCUUCUCUUCCACUGUUGGCAGACCUUCUCCCUACCAACAGACCUCGCCCUGCCUCCUCUAGCCCCAUCAUGCUCUCUGCUGGAACCAUGGGUUCCACUCACUCCUUCACAGACCUGCUCAAUCUAAACUCAACCCCUCCAUCAGGAGCCAGUCUGCUGGUUGAUGUCUUUUCAGAGAGCUCUACCGUUGCGUCCACAGAUGUGUCCGAGGAAAAUUUCCCCAGGUUUGUUUGUAAGAACAACGGUGUUAUCUUUGAGAACCAGCUUUUACAGAUUGGACUGAAGUCUGAGUACAGGCAGAACCUGGGUCGCAUAUAUGUGUUCUACGGCAACAAGACCUCUACCCAGUUCCUCAGCUUCAGCACAUCAGUGACCAGUCAGGACACACUCAAGACUCAGCUGAAUGUCCACGCUAAGUCAGUGGACCCCAUAAUUGAAGGUGGGGCUCAGGUCCAACAGAUCCUCAACAUUGAGUGUGUGUCCGAUUUCACAGAUGCACCAGUUCUCAACGUCCAGUUCAGGUACGGUGGAACUCUUCAGAACAUUGCAGUGAAACUCCCUGUGAUGCUGAACAAGUUUUUUCAGCCCACAGAGAUGACGUCCCAAGACUUCUUCCAACGCUGGAAACAGCUCGGAGCUCCUCAGCAAGAGGUUCAGAAAAUCUUCAAAGCCAAACACCCAAUGGACACAGAUGUUACCAAGGCCAAGAUCUUAGGUUUUGGUGUAGCUCUGCUGGACAGUGUGGAUCCCAAUCCAGAAAAUUUUGUUGGAGCUGGAGUCAUUCAUAGUAAGAACAGUCAGGUGGGCUGCCUCCUCAGACUGGAGCCCAACACACAAGCACAGAUGUACCGUCUCACCCUCCGGACCAGCAAGGACUCAGUGUCUCAGAGACUGUGUGAUCUCCUCUCUGAGCAGUUUUAGACUCGGCUCAGCACCAGCAUUUUUACACCUUUACUCUCCUUAGAUUGGAAUCUAUGUAUUGUACUGUGUACAUUUUUUUUUUUUUACUUACUCUACAUGUAAAUGAAGUGAAAUAUAUUUUUCACAUAUGGCUUUACUAAUAUGUCACUGGUUUAAACCUAGAUUGUACUCGAUGUGUGUUUCCUCACACUGUGAGCACCUUAGCCGACGUGCUGUGAGCGGUACUGGAGGCUCUGCAGCACCAAAGUUUUUGAACAGAUUAGAGGUUGCGUGUGUUCGUUGCGUAGGUACUGCCUUUCUUAUUCAGACGUUUUGAAGAGGUGGCGAAGAGGCGUGAGUGAGACUGAGUUACCCGAGAAGGAUUGGGAGUUUAGCAGUUGAUUCCGUUGUUCUGAUGGCGUUUCUAUGAGACAUUUAUUCUUGUAGUGUUUCAGACAGAUGUUGCACAGGACUGGAAAGCUUUCUUCAACUUCUCGCCCACUUGCACUUUUGUUUAAAAAAACAAAACAAAAAAAAAAUUAGACGUAGACCAGAUUUAGACAAGAGAAUGUUGACUUAAGCGUCAGUUCUUACUCAUUUCACCACUUUUACACAUCUUUCAUCUCAAGAAGAAAAACCAACCUUUGCAUUGUGGUAUUUUUAGCUGAUAAGAGAUGCUUUGGAUGCUAUCAUUUUGGUUCCCUUUUGUGGGAACUUUUUGAGCUACACUGUGCAUUAAUUUUACACGUAGACACUCAAAUAAAUGGCAGAGAGUCGGUAUAGAACACUAGGUAGCAAAUGGAAAUCAGUUUCUGACAGUGAUGGAGUCCAUUGUCUGAUUUUGUUUCCAGAGUAUCUGCUUCACAUUUGUGCCUUUGAACUUUAGUUAGGAGCCUGUCAGUGAUAUUGUUCAAGUGUAAAGCACUGCCAGACACACUAUUUUUGCCUAAAUACAUGUAUUCACAGAGCACUGCCAAGCUGCUGAUAUUUCUGUAUUUCAGUAACAUAUGGUCUAUUUUCUGUUUUAUAAAUGUACUUUUAUCAUAAUACGUGAUGUCAUAUUUGAUGCUUAGUAUAAAACACUGGCUCUGUCCAAAGGUGAAAAAAAAGCUUCCUACCAAUAGAAAUCAGAAAUGACAACUUCUUCUUUUUCCACUGCUGUUUUUGUACGUGCUGAACAAACCUGAUGUUAAGAACGUGUUAUGUAAUGAGCUUUAGAGGUUCAGUUAGGUGGAUGUUUUUACCUUUGGACUGAGUUGGACCAGCUGCUCACCCUGUUUCCAGUCUUUAAUGCUAAUCUAACCAUUUUCUGCUUGUAGCUUCAUGUUUAACGGACAGAGAGUGAUGAUGAUCCUCUUGUCUAUCUCUCAGCAGGACAGUGAGUAAGGUUAUGUACCAAAAUGUCAAACUAUACUUUAACAAUCUUUAGUUUUAAAGGCUUUGAUCAGGACAUGCACAGGGUGCCCCAAUCUGGACCUGAACAGCUUUACUGUCAUGUGCAAUUUUACCAAAUUAUUGCCGCGUUUUAACGAUGGCUAUGGGCCCAUAAUAUUUAUUCACUUGUGUCUUGUAGGAUUUAAGGUUUCACAUCAGUUUAAGACAGGUGGACCUGGUUUUUUUUUGCGUUUACCUGUGUCAGGAAAUCCCAGCUGUGUUCCCGGUGAGACCAACCAGCCCAGCGACACUGUGUGUUCUCUGCUGUUCAGCACAAAUGGGGUGAAUGUGGAGGCAAGAUUUGAAACACUGUGUAUUUAUGUGUUUUAAGGGGCAAUAUUUCAUAUUUGCUACAGCUGCAAAUGAUCACUUGACAAAAGCACUGAUGUUGUUUCGAGUCUGUUUUGGAUACAGUACCAUUGAAAAGUCAAGUGCUUGUGUAACGUGGAAGGUGUAGCUCAGAGGGUCGAAGCCACAGAGAAUUAGAACCCAACCCUACAGUUCCUCUUAAUUUGUGUUUUGAAAAGCAUCUUUCAAUUUAUUUUGGUGUUACACCUGUGUCUGCCCUCAGUAGUUAUUUUGAGAUGCCACUGACAGCUGUAGGUAGCAAAAACAGCUCUGAUAAACCCACUGCACUCGACCUGCCUACCACCAAAUGAAAGACAAUGUGGUGGUGGUGGUCACAUGAUGCAGCCUUGUAGCCACAUAUUUCCCCUUCCCUUGGUGAAGGCCUGAACAGAGCAAAGAGGAGAGUGAAUGUUUGACUUUGAUUAGCUUGGUUUCCAGAAACACUCCAAAUAAAUGCUAAUGUUGCUCAGGACGUGCUGGACCUGUGAUUAAGCUUCUGUUUUGCUUAGAAACUUGCUCUUUUUCAGCAGGUGUGUGCAUUUUGUUCUUACAUCUUAUUUCUGCUGCAGAAAAACGAGUUCAUGCAUGUUUGAAGUUAUAUUUUCAGUCUCACGUCGUCUGUGCUGACCUCUUUGUCACAGAGAACUCAGACGUGGGCUCAGCUGGACCACAGCUUUACACCAGGGUCCAAAUCCAGUCCAUUCAUAACCAUGGACCUGAGUGAGGUAGUAAUAACUUUUCUCACUCACCUUCACUUAAGGUGUCACAUAGCUGAUUUUGAUGGUUCAGACUAAAGGCUUGACCCCACAGAGUCAUAUUACUGUGGGCUCAGUGGACUCUAAUGUAAAGCAGUGUUCAUGCUAAACUCUACUGUAGGUAUCUGGGUUUGUGACCUUGGUACUGUAUCCAUUGCACCCAGUGCUUACUAUCAGUUUCCAUUUUAACCUCAGAGCUGUUCAUUUAUGUGCCUUCUAACUUGUGUUAGGUCGUCUGUGCCAGACACAGGAUUAUGCUGCAUUUGAAAAGGCUGGAUAUGUUGUUGCUAUUUAAAUGUAAUGUUCUACCAAUAUCCACAUCCAAAAAGUUGUUUUUACAAAUAAAAACAAACAGCUUGUAUACAGUUGACUGCAGGGCUCUCUAAAAUAGACCUCACUGCUUGCUGGCUCGCUUUGAGUCGUGUGGUGGGCGAAGCCUUAAGACGGGCGUGUGUGUUUUGAUUCUGUGUCAGGUGGCUGCACCGGCCUGUUUCUAUUUCUGCUAUUUAUCACCUGUGUUUCAGAAAAGCUACCACAGCACAGAGAGGGACAGCGGACAUUUAAAUGUUUAAACCACAGCAACGCAAAGAGAUAAGUGUUUAUUUUUAUGUUUUAUUUAUUUUAAUGAUCAAUGUUUAGCACCAAUAUUCAAUUCCCAUCAGGGUCACUUUAACUCCUCCCUCACCCAACAAAUUGAGAAGCGGAGACACCCCGCUCCCCCCACCCCCACCACCACAGUAGUUGCCAUCAAACAUAGUCACAUGACUUCUUUCCUCUGUCUGGCUGCAAAUCUAAAACAAGAUGUUGUGAAAAUCCACUGCUGAACAUACUAAUAAAGUUUAAGCGCUGCAUUAUUUUACACUUCA